CUUCGAUCAGAACCUCUCGCACAACCUCUCUGACUUUUGUAUUAGGGAAAGAUACAAAUAGCAAGGCAGAGCUCAAAAUUUGAAAAUUGUGAAAUUGUGUGCAUAUACAAAUUCAAAGGCUCAAAGAGAGAGAGAGAGAGAGAGAGAGAGAGAUCAUGUCGACCGGUGAAGAUGAGAUGGCAAAGAAAUUGGCGAGAGAAGAAAGAAGAAGAAGAAUUGCAGAAAGAGGAUCGGAUCGCAUGGCCCUUAUCACGGGUCAGAUCCAAUCUCUCCCUCCCUCACCACCCGUUUCACCUGUAUUACCACCACAACAACCCAGACCUCCAAUCAAUGUUGGUACUCUGUUCAAGGAUGAUAACCGUAGAGGUUCGACAUUGCAAACACAAGAAGCUAGCAAUAAAGUUCCAACACAAACCAACAUUGAAACUAAGCAAUCCGAAGGUGUGGAUGGAAGCACCAAAACACAACUACCAGCGGACACAACAAUAGUUUCAAAGUCACCAACCAAUACGGAUCAACCUCAGAGCCAGCGUAGGAGGACCAAUUUUUUCAGUUCGAAAAUAUUAAACUUGUGCAUAGUAGAAUCGGAGAACAUGAGAAUUGUGUGUUCUCUCAUAAUAGCUUUGUUGGUAGUCUUGUCUUACGUUGAUUACGCAUUGUUUGGAAUGAACAUAGUGAACUCGGAGAGUGUCGUGGCCUCGAGGCCUCUAUACAUUAUUUUGCUGACUGAUGUAACAGUUGUGAUGGCACGAUUAGUGUACUUCAGGGAGGCAGACGAAGAAGAAAGAAUGGUGAGUAGUAGUCAAGAUAAUGAGGGACACAGUUGGGCUGGAGCAGUUAAGCUUUUGGAGAGGGGUUUGGUGGUCUAUCAAGCCAUUCGUGGGAUUUUCAUAGAUUUUAGUGUUUAUGCUGUGGUUGUUAUUUGUGGCCUCUCUUUUUUUAUAACCUAAUUGGAUCAUUCACUCAUUUUAUAACCAAUUGUGCAAAAAAUUAACAGCUUUUGUUUUAA